GCAGUCACUUUCCUCACCAUUUACAAGGAGCAAUGGUGGGUGCUAACGAAACAAACAUGAUUUCUCAAUCCUCUAGCAAUGUUGGGACAAUGGGUGGUCGGUUUCACCCGUAUUUAGGUAGACGUCCACGUGGACAGUUCAGCGCUGAUGAGGUCUUACAUCAAAGCGGGUCCAGAAGCUAUUACCAACCGAAAGCGUGCGCAUCUUCAGCGACGUAUCAACAUCAACAGACGAUAGGUACAGCGUUUGCAAUAAUGCCAACGGCACGCGAAACACACGAUGAUUUGAGCCAGUAUAUAUCAGGGAAUAUUUCACAACUUUCAACAUUGAAGACAUUGCAGGAUGUUUGUGGUCUAGGGUUAGCGACCGCAAGUUAUGCGAAUGCUGCUUGGUUGAAUGGAAAUGUAUUAUCAUCAACAACUCAAGGGUCCGUAAAACGCACAUUUGAAAGCCAGAAUGAAGUUGAGGGAGCUAUUUUUGAUCACCCCUUCUACAACCGGCGACGUCGUGCAGCCGCGCCUGAAGAAGGCAUGACUCGAACACGUGACAAGUACCGGGUUGUAUACACGGAAAAGCAGAGAAAGGGACUGGGACAGGCCUACGAGGAAAACAAGUUUAUCACCAUGGAAACCAGAACAAAUCUCUCUAAGGAGCUUGAUCUAUCGGACAGACAGAUCAAAAUCUGGUUUCAAAACAGAAGAGCAAAGGAACGCAGGGAUUUGAAGCGAUCGUCUGUUGCUGAAAGCUCCACGUCCGACUCCGAUCAGAGCAACUCUUCCGACAGCGCAUCAGUGACGUCAUCGUGUCGAUUUGGCGGCAACGAAUCUGAAAUACGAAACGAACCGUUCCAAUCAAACUCUAUGGACUUUCAACCGGAUCAAUUCUCUGGAUAUCAUUAUGUACCGACACUAUUUGAUUCUCAGCAAGUUACUACAUGUAGAUGGGGCAAUACGUUUGAACAAGGUCCUCGAAAUCUCGAUAGUUCUCCUCUCGGGACCAACACAUAUGAAGACUUUUCUACACCGAGGUUAUGAAAAUGUAAUAUGUGCACUGAAGAUGUGUUGUAUGUUUUGUGCUCGCAUUGAUGUCAUUUCAUGUUGUAAUGUUGUGUUUGUACUCGUAUAUGGGCAUUGUGUCGUUAGUAAUAUUGUAUUAUAAGGCUGA